AUGCCGUUGCCAAAACGUCCCCUUAUCCUCCACGGCGGUUGCAACUGUCGCGCUAUCCGAUUCCGCAUCUCUGUUCCCGGCUUCGCAGACAGACCUCUUGCUCCGUAUCGCAGCUCGCACACAGGAGGAGCCGCUAGUGUUGGAGUUGACGACAACGACACACGCGUGCCAUUCGUGCUGAUUGACCACUGCAAUGAUUGCCGGCGAGCCACAUCUGCGGCGUUGCCAAUGUGCAUAGUAACCGAGACACGCACGGUGGAGAUAUCAUGUUUACCCAGGGAAGGAGUGGCCGACAGGAUACAGGCCAGAAGGGACAAAGAUCUCAACGAUGAAAGUCGUCACUGGUCGCCCAUCGAACCGGUUCUCACUUGUCAUGAAUCGCUGUCCACGAUACCAUUCACAACGCCAUCAACACUGGGACAUUACGUCUCGUCGCCUGGUCGAAACCGCUGGUUCUGUGCCAACUGCGGCACACCCCUGGCAUAUAGCGUCUCCGAAGGUUCGUUGCCCAAGGACUGGCAUUGGCCGAAAAUGUUUGAUAUAUGGCUUGGCACGUUGGAUCGCGAGGACCUGGUGAAUGAGUGGAUGAGGCCGGAUCAUGCUUUGUGGUGUCACUUCGCGGUGCCGUGGAUUGCGGAUACCAGUAGGGCUGGUGCGCGACGAUUGGUGGUCGAAGAUGAGAUUGGUAUUGAGGCCGAGAGAGGCACGGUUCAAGGUCACAAGAUGACCGCGGUAAAGACAGCCCCGGUCCCACGACAUCCAUUGUUCAUGAUUGAUCAAAUGGAAGAAAGCACUGACGGCGGCGACAAUUCGGAAGCCUCGUGA